AUGGUGCGAAUCGUACUUUUCCUCCUGGUAGCCUUCGUGGCUACCCUACGAUCUACCAAGAUCGAAAAAUCACUCUUCAGUUACUUCAGCGAAUUAUCCUUUUCCGGGUCGUUUGACAAUUUCUUCGAGACGUGUCUUAGGGUUCCAAACAGUCUAUGCCUUGGAGGGACAUCCACAGUCGUCACAUCCAAUAGUGUUCCCAAAGGGCUCAUCGCCAAGUGGACCUUUGACGAUAUGUAUGCCCUUGACUACAGCUGGAACAAUAACCACAUGCACAAGUUGGUGCGCGCAGCCCCCGGUUUUAAUGGGCGGGGAUACAGCGGGGCCUUCGUAGGAGAUAACUCCGGUUUGGUUCACGCAGGCGACACGUUAAAAACGAAGCAGUUCACCAUAGUAUUUUGGAUAUACCUACUCGAAAGACCAACGAAUAACUUCCGCAAUGUGCUUUCGCAGAUACACAAGGGGGAAGAAACAAUCGCCGUGCUCCUCUACCCUCACGUGAAUAAACUAUCUGUGAGAGUACUUACGGACCAAAGUUCAAACGAAGGAAUGUCUUCCAUGGGGCAAAUACCACUCAGGAGGUGGACAAACAUAGCCAUCAGUAUGGACGAUACGAAGGUGGAAAUCUACAUCAACGGGGUGUUGGACAACUCCGUACUGAUCAAACAGUCAGUUAAAGAUAAAGCUAACGGAAACGUUGACGCUAACGGUAACCGCAGUGGUAAUGCUGACGAUAGCAUUGAAGGAAGAGGAGGAGACAUAACCAUUGGAAAAAACAUGCACUACUCUAGCUUCAAUGGGUACCUAGACGAAUUGUAUUUCUUUAACAGGAGCCUGAACAGGACAGAAAUAAAUUCUUUCGCUCUUACCAGUGUGACGGGGAUACACGACCCCGAGUUCGUAUAUGUUGGAAGCUAUGGGUGCGACUAUGCCACAUCGAUGCGUGUUGAUCUGUGCAAAGAGAACUACCACUUGUGUUCUUCCUUUCAGUUGUACAGUGGAGGGAUUCAUUACGCUAGGAUUAAUGGGAUUUUGACUGCCACAUCAAACUUGUGGUCGUCGGAUGUAUCAGAAAAUUCAGUUGAGUCUGGGGAGAAGAGAAUUGCUCUUUGUUGCAGGGGGGGCGCGGCGAAUUCUCCAAUGGGCUUGGUAAGAUGA